AUGCAUCAUUCUAUACCACUACUCAAACGGCUGUACUCUACAUCCUCCAAGAACUGGAUGUCACGACAAGCCAAGGAUCCCUACUGUAAAUUAGCAAAAGCAAACCAAUAUCGAGCACGCAGUGCAUUCAAGCUAAUACAGAUCAAUGACAAGUACCGCAUUAUUCAACGCAAUGAUGUUGUUGUGGAUUGUGGAGCAGCACCCGGUGGAUGGACGCAAGUUGCAGCUGAAAAGGUAACCAAGAAAGGGCUCGUCAUUGGCAUUGAUUUGCUCCCUGUGGAUCCCAUCCCCAACGCACAUCUCAUCAGAGGAAAUUUCAUGCGCUUAAAAACACAAAACGCUAUCCGUGCGCUUUUGGAUGGAAGAUCUGUGGAUCUGGUGUGCUCGGAUAUGGCACCGAGCUUCUCAGGAAAUCAUACAGCAGAUCAUGCGAGAAGUAUGGAGCUGUGUGAGUCAGCAUUGACGUUUGCUGAGAAGGUGCUGUCACCGGGCGGCUCAUUUGUAGCAAAGUUUUUGAUGGGAGGGACCGAGCACGAAUUCAGAAAGAGAUUGCAGACCAUGUUUGCAAAAGUGAAGACGGAAAAGCCAGAUGCAUCGAGAAAGCAAUCAACCGAGGGCUUCUUUGUAGCACUAGGUUACAAACCACUGCCAAAGAAGAUUGCUGCAGAGAGUCCAGCAGCAGUAGAAGAUACUGCCACAGUGGAAAGCGCUGCAACUAAAGAGAAAUCAAAGGAGACGAUCAUGGACAUGCAAUCCAAGAGCGACAUGUAG